AUGAGCAAGGCUGCCGGCUGCUGCCAGAGCUGUCUGCAUUAUGCGUUUGAUUACGAAACACCAAAAACACUGGUUAUUCCAAGCUUACGGGUAGGAUGUGUCUUCAGGUUCACCCAGCUUCUGGUGGUGCUGUAUGUGGUGGGGUAUGUGUGUGUGGUGCAGAAGGCCUACCAGGAGACUGACUCUGUCAUCAGCACCGUCACCACCAAAGUAAAAGGUUUUGCUUACACCAACACAUCUCACAUGGACCCCCGCUUUUGGGACGUGGCUGAUUACGUUAUCCCACCUCAGGGUGAUCAUUCAUUCUUUGUGCUAACGAAUAUGGUUGUCACUCCUCGUCAAGCUCAGUCCCGUUGUCCUGAGCUUCCAAGCCCAUCAACUACCUGUGUGGAUGACUGUGACUGUAUUGAGGGAUACAGUGAUCCUCGAGGAAAUGGUGUACUGACGGGGCUGUGUGAGAACUACUCCACGACUGUCAAGACCUGUGAGGUGUUCUCAUGGUGCCCUCUUGAAAUAGACACUAAGCUGCCUGAACGUGCGCUGCUGGCUGCAGCAGAGAACUUCACUGUGUUGAUCAAAAACAGCAUAACAUACCCAAAGUUCAACAUUCACAGGAGGAACAUACUGCCACAUAUUAACUCCUCAUACCUGAAGAGGUGUGAAUUCAAUCGUACGACAGACCCGCACUGCCCCAUAUUCCGCCUCAAACACAUCGUUUCAGAGGCUGGAGAGGAAUUUCAAGAAAUGGCUGUAAAGGGUGGUAUCCUCGGUAUUAUUAUUGACUGGAGCUGUGACCUGGACUGGUGGGCAAGGAAGUGUUACCCUACAUACAGCUUCCGCAGGCUGGACAACAAAAAUACUGUCAAUAAUGUGGCUCCUGGAUUCAACUUCAGGUUUGCAAAAUACUACAAGGACCCAGAUGGAGGGGAAACCAGAGCCUUAAUCAAAGCGUACGGGAUCCGGUUUGACGUCAUUGUAUUUGGAACUGCAGGAAAAUUUGGAAUUGUACCAACCAUUGUGAACUUGGGCGCAGCCUUAUCAUUCCUCAGUUUGGUUCCAGUAGUUUCUGACUGGGUUAUGUUGACAUGCAUGAGGAAACGAGAUAUUUACAGUAGACACAAAGUCACGUAUCUGAAUGAGGAUGCUGACACAGAAUCAGUGUCAAUGGGCACCACCUAUGGAACCCAGUAGCCUGACUACAUCAACAUGGGAACAUUUUUCUGCAGAAGAAUUGGAACCUGCUCGAAAAUAAUUGGCAUGAAAACGGAUAUUUUCCACAUCAUAUGACUUCUUCAAUAAAGCUGGUACACUGUUUAAAGAAUCAGUGUAAGAAAUGUCACCUUCCACUGUCAGUCACAGAUUAACGAUGAGUCCCCCUCACCGCACGGGGGCAGCAUAACUUUAAGUAACAACAUAACCACAC